AGUUGAAUUUCUAUUUCUUCCAAAGGCAGAACUGUGUCUCAAGUUCAAGCUUUUUAAUAACGUUCGAGGUACGAAUUUGACUGGUUUCUUUGGUGUUGAACUUCGGAAAUGAGUAACCCUCAUACAAAUGGAGGUUAUUCUGGAGCAGAUCCAAUGUCCAAUGAAGCCGAAACCUUCUUGUUCACUUCCGAAUCUGUCGGAGAAGGACAUCCAGAUAAAAUGUGUGAUCAGAUAAGUGAUGCAAUCCUGGAUGCACAUUUGGCUCAAGAUCCUGAAGCCAAAGUGGCCUGUGAAUGUGCAACGAAGACGGGGAUGGUAUUAGUAUGCGGAGAAAUAACCUCAUCCGCAAAUGUUGACUAUCAGGAGAUUACCCGCGAAACUGUCAGAAAAAUUGGAUUCGACGAUUCUCGAAAGGGUAAGUCCAUGGUUGUCCAGGGCAGAAGAGGUUACUCUGUUCUUGUGCGCGUCGAAGGUUUUGAUUGUAACACGUGCAAUGUGAUGGUUGCGACUCAUCAGCAAAGCCACGAAAUUGCGGCUGGUGUCCACAAAGAUAAAAAUGACGAUGAUGUUGGCGCCGGAGACCAGGUGACUUGUAUGUUAAUUUUCCUGGUGCUCGGUGUCUUUGAACUCAUUGCGACAGGGUAUACGGAUGGUAUUGGUUUUAGAAUAAGUGGAUUUGAUGGUGCGACAUGUGCGGUAAUGCUGAUGCUAGACCGACAGAGUCCUGAAAUAGAAGCUGGGGUUCAUUUGCACAAGAGUUUGGAGGAAAUUGGGGCCGGAGAUCAGGGCUUGAUGUUCGGUUACGCCACUGACGAAACCGAGGAAUGUAUGCCAUUGACGAUUAUUUUGGCGCAUAAGCUUAACGAGAAGCUCUCCGAACUCCGUCGUGAUGGAACUCUUUCGUGGGCUCGGCCAGAUAGCAAGACCCAGGUUACUUGUGAAUAUUACUCUGAUCAUGGAGCGACGAUUCCCACCAGAAUCCAUACGGUGGUGGGAGAUGCAGGAUUGACUGGGCGUAAGAUCAUUGUUGACACGUACGGUGGUUGGGGGGCACACGGAGGAGGUGCAUUUUCUGGGAAAGAUCCGACCAAGGUUGACCGAUCUGGAGCGUAUGCUGCUCGUUGGGUGGCCAAGUCCCUGGUGAAGGCUGGGCUGUGUAGAAGAUGUCUCGUCCAGAUUUCAUAUGCCAUUGGUGUUGCUGAGCCGUUGUCAAUUUCCGUGUUCAGCUACGGUAGCUCAAAGUUGACCCAAAAGGAACUGCUUGCUAUUGUAAAGCAGAAUUUUGAUUUGCGUCCUGGUAAAAUUAUCAAGGAACUGGAUUUGAAGCGACCAAUUUAUCAACUGACGAGCACAUAUGGACACUUUGGCCGGGAACUUUUCCCUUGGGAAAUCCCGAAAACCCUGAAGAUUUAAACCGUGAUAAUUCUUUGGCGGGUACACUGAAAUUUCGGAUUGGCGCACUUUGGAUUCUCUGCUUUGAGUGAGAUAUUGAUUGUAACUUUGCUACGAUGGUUUUCACUAUUCUUGGGCCACGUCAUGACCUCCUUCAAGCCAUCACGACGCAUUCCACCUUGGAAUCGCGCAUUCUAUUUUCUACGUGAACCCUCUGUCGAGCAGGUAUAAGGGAACCACUUUUCCGGAAAAUGUCGGAAUGUUCAUGCCUUGAAUCUGCGUCAUCAUUUUCUCAUGUUCUCCAUUCUGUGAUUUUCUCUAUCUUCCUUUUUUUUCGGAGUCCACUUCGCGAAGUUCUUUAGCCAUCAUUACAAGAGCAGUAAACUUGAAGCAGCGAUGGAAUUGAUCGCCAUGGCAUUGUUUGCAGUUUCACGAGGGAUUCUGAGUCAAGAGCCGGUGAAAUUUCGCCCAUGUGCGAUUAAUCCAUGUUACGUCGGGUAGAAUUUCAAGUUUGGGAUGAGAUGAUUGGAUCAAAUUUCCAGGAAUAAUUUGUGGCAUAUUUUUGCGCAUAGAAUCCAGAAGAAAUAGUUAUUUUGCUAUUCAACGGUGCAAAAUUGAGGACUGUUGAGGUUUUUGACGUGGUUUUUGAAUUAAUUGGAAUGAAGUGGAGUAUUGUGGUUUGCAAGAGUUAGACGUGUGCCAUCAGCGUAAAACCAGCGUGUUCCCACAUUUCCGGAUUGCGGUUCCCUUUUGGGAUCAACACUUUUCUGUAAGAAACGUUUGGAUUGAGGUAUCUUGUGAAUUUGCUUUGAAUGAUUGGAACUUUGGUUGCUGUUCAUCCGGGAUGCCGUGUGCCUGAUGUUUUGGAUAGAACUGUGCUGCUGCACCGAUCUAUUUUCUACGUUCUCAUGUAUUGAUCCCGCAUUCUUCAUCUGUGAAUUCCCUGUAUCUUCAAUGGUUGAACUUUUUGGCAAAAUAUAUUCUCAAUUCGCCACGGUUGGA